AUGAGCCCCAAGAAGCUAAUGAAGAUGGCAUGGAUGUGGGAGAAAUUAGCCGCUUCUUGCAGGAGAAGAAUUUCCAAUCCUGGAGUUACUAUGGAGUUUCAUUCAUCAUCAGCACCAGAGAAAGGGCAUUUUGUCAUUUACACGACUGAUGGAGGGCGUUUCAUGAUUCAUUUGCAGUGUCUCCAUAGCAACAUCUCUGAAGAACUCUUUAAGAUGUCUGAAGAAGAGUUUGGUCUGUCAGGGGAUGGACCUAUCACUCUGCCCUGUGAUGCAGCUUCCAUGGAACAUCACUUGUCCAAAGAUGCAUAG